CGGGCGCCCGGCCGGAUGGGCUGCACCGUGAGCUUGGUGUGCUGCGAAGCGCUGGAGCCCGGGCUCCCCUGUGGCCCCCCGGGGAACCCCCCGGCCCCCGCGCGGGCAGCUUGCAGGGAGCCCCGGGGUUCAGCCCCCGCCGAGAGGCGGUGGCUGCUCCUCCAGCCAGAGGAUCUGGAGGCCCCCAAGAGCCACCACUUCAAGGUGAAGACCUUCAAAAAGGUGAAGCCCUGUGGCAUCUGCCGCCAGGCCAUCACCCGGGAGGGCUGCACCUGCAAAGCUUGCAGCUUCUCCUGUCAUCGGAAAUGCCAGGCCAAGGUGGCGGCCCCCUGCGUUCCUCCUUCCAGCCAUGAACUGGUGCCCGUCGCCACAGAGACUGCGCCGAAGAAUGUAGUGUCCGCGGGAGAAGGAACCUCCCGGGGUGGAAACUCAAGGAAAAGCCUGGAGGAGGACGGAGCCACUAGAGUCCCACCAAGCAUCCAGCCACUGCCGCAGCCAAUCAGAAACAUGAGUGUGAGCCGGGCAAUGGAGGACAGCUGUGAGCUGGACCUGGUGUAUGUCACAGAGAGGAUCAUCGCGGUGUCCUUCCCCAGCACAGCCAAGGAGGAGAACUUCAGGAGCAACCUCCGCGAGGUGGCCCAGAUGCUCAAGUCCAAACAUGGAGGCAACUACCUGCUGUUCAACCUCUCUGAGCGGAGACCUGACAUCACGAAGCUCCACGCCAAGGUCCUGGAGUUUGGCUGGCCCGACCUGCACACCCCGGCGCUGGAGAAGAUCUGCAGCGUCUGCAAGGCCGUGGACACUUGGCUCAAUGCAGACCCGCACAACGUCGUCGUCCUGCACAACAAGGGAAACCGAGGCAGAAUAGGAGUUGUGAUCGCAGCUUAUAUGCACUACAGCAACAUUUCUGCCAGUGCGGACCAGGCUCUGGACCGGUUUGCAAUGAAGCGAUUCUAUGAGGAUAAGAUCGUGCCCAUUGGCCAGCCAUCACAGAGGAGGUAUGUGCAUUACUUCAGCGGCCUGCUCUCCGGCUCCAUCAAAAUGAACAACAAGCCCUUGUUUCUGCACCAUGUGAUCAUGCACGGCAUUCCCAACUUCGAGUCCAAAGGAGGGUGUCGGCCUUUUCUCCGUAUCUACCAGGCCAUGCAACCUGUUUACACAUCUGGCAUCUACAAUAUUCCAGGAGACAGUCAGACCAGCAUCUGCAUCACCAUCGAGCCAGGACUGCUCUUGAAGGGGGACAUCCUGCUCAAGUGCUACCAUAAGAAGUCCCGAAGCCCCUCCCGAGACGUCAUCUUCCGUGUGCAGUUCCACACCUGUGCCAUCCAUGACCUGGGAGUGGUCUUUGGGAAGGAGGAUCUUGAUGAGGCCUUCAAAGAUGAUCGAUUUCCAGAAUAUGGCAAAGUGGAGUUUGUAUUUUCUUAUGGUCCAGAGAAAAUCCAAGGCAUGGAGCACCUGGAGAACGGGCCCAGCGUUUCUGUGGACUACAAUACCUCCGACCCUCUCAUCCGCUGGGAUUCCUAUGACAACUUUAAUGGGCAUCGUGACGAUGCCGUGGAGGAGGUGGUGGGACACACCCAGGGGCCCCUGGAUGGGAGCCUAUAUGCCAAGGUGAAGAAGAAGGACUCUCUGAACGGCAGCACUGGGGCCAUCAAUGCGGCACGGCCGGCCCUGUCGGCUACCCCCAAUCACGUGGAGCACACGCUGUCCGUGAGCAGUGACUCAGGCAACUCCACAGCCUCCACCAAGACCGACAAGACAGAUGAGCCUGCCCCCGGGGCCUCUGGUGCCCCUGCUUCCUUGAGCCCUGAGGAGAAGCGGGAGCUGGAUCGCCUGCUCAGUGGCUUCGGUUUGGAGCGAGAGAAGCAAGGUGCCAUGUACCACGCGCAGCACCUCAGGUCCCGUCCAGCGGGAGGCCCAGCCAUGCCCUCCUCUGGUCGCCACGUCGUCCCAGCCCAGGUUCACGUCAAUGGCAGGGCCUUAGCAUCUGAGCGAGAGACAGACAUCCUGGACGAUGAGUUGCCCAACCAAGAUGGGCACAGCGCGGGCAGCAUGGGCACCCUGUCUUCCCUGGACGGGGUCACCAACACCAGUGAGGGGAACUACCCAGAGGCUCUGUCCCCACUGACCAAUGGCCUGGACAAGUCCUACCCAGUGGAACCUCUGGUCAAUGGCGGGGGCUACCCCUACGAGUCUGCCAGCAGGGCAGCGCCUGCGCAGGCCAGCCAUGUGGUCUCUUUGCGGCCCUCCUACUCUACGCAGGAAGGUUUAGCCGGCUACCAGCGUGGGGGACCCCUCCCAGCCUGGCUGCAGCCAGCGACCACCUCCCACUAUAACCAUGACCCCAGCGGCUUGUUCCGCUCUCAGUCCUUUCCGGAUGCUGAACCCCAGCUGCCCCUGGCUCCAGCUCGUGGGGGCAGCAGUCGGGAGGCUGUGCAGAGAGGGCUGAAUUCAUGGCAGCAACAGCAGCCUCGCCCACCUCUGCGGCAGCAGGAAAGAGCCCCAUUGGAGAAUCUGGCAAGCAGCAGGCCCAGCCCCCAGCCACUGUCGGAGCCCCCCAUCCCUGCUCUCCCAGAGUUCCCAAGAGCAGCCUCCCAGCAGGAGAUCGAGCAGUCCAUUGAAGCCCUCAACAUGCUCAUGCUGGACCUGGAGCCGACCUCGGCUGGUACCCCGCUGCACAAGUCCCAAAGUGUCCCAGGGGCCUGGCCAGGGGCUUCCCCGCUCUCCUCUCAACCCCCUGCAAGCUCUUCCCAUCAGUCCCACCCAUUGACCCAGUCCAGGUCUGGCUACAUCCCCAGCGGGCGUUCCUUAGGCACCCCCGAGCCGAUCACCACUGGCAGGUCUUACUCACCUUAUGAUUAUCAGCCAUGUGCGGCUGGGCCCAACCAGGAUUUCCGUCCCAAAAGCCCAGCCUCCUCUUCCACAUCUGCCUUCCUCCCAUCUGCCCAUGCCCCUCCAGGGCCUCAGCAGCCCCCAGCCUCUCUCCCAGGCCUCACCACUCAGCCUCAGCUCCCACCAAAGGAAGUGACUUUGGAUCCUUCCCGGACUCCAGAAGAGGAGCCGUUGAACCUGGAAGGGCUGGUGGCCCAUCGAGUGGCAGCGUACAAUGCCAGACUGCAGGGCCUGGGGCUGAGCGGCAGAUUGCGGGCCCCUCCUCUCCACCGGCUCCGCUCUGCCUCCCUCUCUGGGGUGCAGGCUCGGGAGAGGCAGCCUGCUGAGCCCCCAGCCCCACUCCGGAGGAGAGCAGCCAGCGAUGGACAGUAUGAAAACCAAUCUCCCGAAGCCACGUCACCCCGUAGCCCUGGGGUUCGCUCCCCCGUCCAGAGUGUCUCCCCAGAGCUGGCUCUUACCAUCGCCCUCAACCCUGGAGGGCGGCCCAAAGAGCCACAUCUGCACAGCUACAAGGAGGCCUUUGAGGAGAUGGAGGGAAGCUCCCCGACCAGCCCACCGCCCACUGGGGUGCGCUCCCCUCCAGGGCUGGCCAAGACCCCUCUGUCUGCUCUGGGCCUGAAACCACACAACCCGGCAGACAUCCUGCUGCACCCCACGGGCGAGGAAGAUGAGGGGAAAGAGGUGAUCAAGCUUCCAGAAGAACCUCGGAGUUAUGUAGAGUCAGUGGCGCAGACAGCGGUGGCCAGGCCCCAAGCUCAGGACACUGAGCCCAAGAGCUUCAGCGCCCCAGCUGCCCAGGCCUAUGGCCAGGAGACCCUGUUGAGGAACGGGACCCUGGGCGGCUCCUUUGUCUCCCCCAGCCCCCUCUCCACCAGCAGCCCCAUCCUCAGCGCUGACAGCACUUCAGUGGGAAGUUUCCCAUCAGGGGAGAGCAGCGACCAGGGCCCCCGGACACCCACCCAGCCUCUGCCGGAUUCUGGUUUUCGCUCCGGCAGCCUGGGCCAGCCCAGCCCUGUGGCCCAGAGAAGUUACCAGAGCCCUUCUCCUCUCCCGACUGUGGGCAGCAGCUACAGCAGCCCUGACUACUCACUUCAACAAUUCAACUCCUCUCCGGAGAGCCAGGCCCGGCCUCAGCACAGCAUAGCCAGCGUCCACAUGGUCCCAGGAAGCCCCCAGGCCCGCCACAGGACAGUGGGCACCAACACUCCGCCCAGUCCUGGUUUUGGCCGGCGAGCCAUCAACCCCAGCAUGACUGCCCCUGGCAGUCCUGGUUUGAGCCACCGUCAAGUGAUGGGUCCAUCAGGCCCCGGUUUCCAUGGCAAUACAGUUUCCAGCCCCCAGAGCAGUGCAGCAUCCACUCCAAGGAGCCCCAGCCUGGGCCGGCACCUUGGGACCCACCAAGGCAGUCUGGCCUCUGGUGUCCAUGGCAAUGCGGUAGCCAGCCCUGGAAGCCCCAGUCUGGGCCGUCACCUGGGAGGGUCUGGAUCCGUGGUUCCUGGCAGCCCCAGCUUGGACCGGCACGUUGCCUACGGUGGCUACUCCACCCCUGAGGACCGGAGACCCACGCUGUCCCGGCAGAGCAGUGCAUCUGGCUACCAGGCUCCUUCCACUCCCUCCUUCCCCGUCUCCCCUGCCUACUAUCCCGGCCUCAGUAGCCCCGGCACCUCACCCUCACCAGAUUCUGCAGCCUUCCGCCAAGGGAGCCCAACGCCAGCCCUGCCAGAGAAGCGGAGGAUGUCGGUGGGAGACCGGGCCGGCAGCCUCCCCAACUAUGCCACCAUCAACGGGAAGGUGUCCUCCUCGCCUGUCACCAGUGGCAUGUCCAGUCCCAGUGGGGGCAGCACGGUCUCCUUCUCCCACACUCUACCUGACUUCUCCAAGUACUCCAUGCCAGACAACAGCCCGGAGACACGGGCUAAAGUGAAAUUUGUCCAGGACACUUCCAAGUAUUGGUAUAAGCCUGAGAUCUCCAGAGAGCAGGCCAUCGCGCUCCUCAAGGAUCAAGAACCAGGGGCCUUCAUCAUCCGUGACAGUCACUCCUUCCGAGGGGCCUAUGGGCUGGCCAUGAAGGUGUCUUCACCGCCUCCAACCAUCAUGCAGCAGAAUAAAAAAGGAGACAUGACCCAUGAGCUGGUGCGACACUUCCUUAUAGAGACCGGCCCCAGGGGCGUCAAGCUCAAGGGCUGCCCCAACGAGCCGAACUUUGGCUCCCUGUCCGCCCUGGUCUACCAGCACUCCAUCAUCCCACUGGCUCUGCCCUGCAAGCUGGUCAUCCCAAACCGAGACCCCACAGAUGAAUCGAAAGAUAGCUCAGGCCCUGCCAACUCAACCACUGACCUGCUGAAGCAAGGUGCAGCCUGUAAUGUGCUCUUUGUCAACUCUGUGGACAUGGAAUCACUCACCGGGCCGCAGGCCAUCUCAAAAGCCAUAUCGGAGACCUUGGCUGCAGACCCCACGCCAGCUGCCACCAUUGUUCAUUUCAAAGUUUCCGCCCAGGGAAUCACACUGACUGACAACCAGAGAAAACUCUUCUUCAGGCGGCAUUAUCCCCUCAACACUGUCACCUUCUGUGACCUGGAUCCACAAGAAAGAAAGUGGAUGAAGACAGAGGGAGGUGCCCCUGCGAAGCUCUUUGGCUUCGUGGCCCGGAAGCAGGGCAGCACCACGGACAACGCCUGCCACCUCUUCGCUGAGCUGGACCCCAACCAGCCUGCCUCUGCCAUCGUCAACUUUGUCUCCAAGGUCAUGCUGAGUGCUGGCCAGAAGAGAUGAGUGCCCAGACACCUUGCCCAGGCCAGGGCACUGGGGACGGGGCACGUGGGAGGGGACCUGUGAAUCCUGACCACCUUGAAUCCAGAAGGAGGACUUUGGACCAAUUUUGGAGAAGGAGAGAAGAAAGUGCAUCAUGGGGAGAGGGAAGUGAAUCACGGAGGGGAGGGGGAGAGGGAGAAAGAGAAAGAAAAGAUGGAGGAGAAGAUUCCCCUGGGUAGAUGGAUACCGCAAAACCCCAGAGCCUCCCAAACUGGCCAGGGCUCCUUGCUCCCCUCGCCACUCUGAGGGGAAAGAUUCCUCAGAGUGCACCCACUGGCCUCCUUGGGACCCACAUUUUAGGGCAGAGGGAUAGAAGAUCUGUGUCCUUGAUCACCCUGCUUUGUGAGAAGUCAAACCAAGAACAUCCUUUUCUGGCCACCUGUAGGUAGGUUCCUAAGCCAAACAGCGGCGGACAGGAAGUGGUGGAACUUUAUCUUCUGCAAAGGUACCUGGAGCCUGAGCGGGCCUCCAAUCUAUGAUGGUGUGGGCGCAUAGCCGCCCCAACCCACAUCUUCACACUGAUUUCUGUCUGCCUCUUUCUGCUAGAAUCACCAACAGCUGUACUGCUCUACUGUGUCUCGUGUGUCUGUGGCACACGUGUGUAAGAUCCAAAGAUCAGGCUGGGGCUGAGGGGCCUUCGGGAGGUGACAGCAGCCCUCUCCUGCAGGAGCACCCAGGACGAUGAGUCCUGGUCCCCAUGCCUGCCCUCCAGAGGCCCCGGGUGCCACCAGCCCAUUUUCCUGUGCAGAGACCCUGGCAGGCGCGGUGACCUGCUGCACAGCUUUGCCCGCUCCGUUGUACCUCAGUGGGGAGCUGGAGCUUUGGUUUGAGGAAGCGGAAGUGCUGGUGUCUGUAAUCUUGGGAAGAAACCCAUCAGGAAGGGUGACCCCUGAGCUCUGGCAUCCACCUCUGCAGCUUGUGAGCUGGACGAGCUGCCAGCCAGGAUCCCCAGCUGUCCGCUGUUCCUGGCCUGGAGCCCUAGCACCAGCCUUAUCUCAGAUUUACUCAUCUGCAUGAUGUCUUUUGGGGGGCUAGGGAUGGAGCCUUCCACAUGUGCCCUGCCCUGCUCUGUCCUGCAGGGUCCUUACAUCGGGGCUCAUCCUGGGAUGCCUGAUUCCUAAAGUCUUGCUCACUAAGGCCCUAGGGAGAAGACUGUCACCCCUGCCUCCCUGCUGUAAAUAUUUUGGGGUGUGACUUGCAGUUGCCUACCGGGCUACUGAAGCCAACCCUAAAGAGCUCCUAGGGCUGCUACCAGAGCCCCACAUAGCGCACCCGAAAUGCCAAAGCCUUGCUAUUUCCUCUUCUGCCUUGGUUUCCCCCACAGAGCCACGUUGCCCAAACAGAGGCAGAGUGUACAUGUAGCCCAAAGGACUCAGAGUUCAUUUGGGCAGUUGGGAAACCCCUUAACCACCUCCUACGGACUCUAAGCUGGAAGGAAAAUUGAUCAGGACUUCAUUUUUAAGCCUAUAGGGGUCCCCUAGAAAGAGGCAUUGUACUGAUAUAUAAAUAUAUAUAAUAUAUACAUGAGACAUACUGACAGAACCUGUAAGCUAAUAAAAUAUGAGAAAAGGUUAAAAAAAAGAAUAGGUAAAUUGACAAGAAGUAUUUAUUGUUUUACCGCAUUGCUUUAUGGCCUCCCUGGGCAUAAACCAGUUCCCAUCCCUUUUUCCAUGUAUGAGUAGAGCCUGGAAUACAGGGGCCUUUAUCCUUGGGGGGACCGGAGGUCUUCUUGCCAGGACCUUAGCCUUUCCCAGGCUACGACCCGGGCUCAGUGGGAUGGGGUGCACAUGCUCCAUCCCUAUGACCCCUUGUUUUCUGGUAAGCCAGGGCCCCUGGGCAGCUCCUUGGGUGUGUGGGGAGCCCGCCUUCGCCAGGGGCCUGGCAAAUGUGCGAGUUUGGAUGCGGGAGUGUGUGGCCACUGGGGUGUGCUUCUGUUAUGCUUUUUCCUCCUCCAGGGAACUGUAUCCGUGUGGACCUUCUGUUCAGGGAGCUGGAAAAGAGAGUGUCUGUUUGGCAGGGAGCAGGGUCAAAGGCCCCACUUUGGGCCUAGUAACUGAGGCCCUUCCAAAGUGCCCUUCCUUCUGGGAUUGUAUGCCAGUUGCCUGGGUUGGCCCCUCUAUUUCUUCCCUAGUAAGGGAUAAACCCUAUUCUGUACCAAGAUUGAGGGAGACACUCCUCUUUCCCUUUCUUUGUAAAUUCCCUAUCUCCCUGCACGUCCUGGGGCGCUCCUCUGCGGCAGGGCAUCCUCUCCACCCUCCAGGCUGGGCUGAGCAUCAGACGAGCUAGCCACCUGAUCCAGGCCCAGGACUGAGUCUGGGGUCAGCCUACACGUUUGCUUUCCUACCUGCCACCCACCCACGAGUGUGGCCAGCUCACGCACUCCAGCUGGCGCCCUGGAGCUGUGGGCGAGCCACGGGAAAGACCCAGGUCUGCACUGGCCAGCUGAUCACUUGCUCCCAGCAUGCCUUUGGGUGGCCGUUCCAAAAGGAUGAUGGGAAGGGACCCUAGUCUCCAAGUGGCCCACUCGGCAGGGAGCACACUGAAGCCUGCCUCCCUUCCCUGUCCUGUGUUUCACAAGUACCCACACGCACACUGCUCUGCAUCGCAGUCUAUUCUUGCCAAAGAUUUUCUUUUUUAAAAAAGCACUUUUACUUGUUAUUUUGUAAAUGUUUGCCCUCCUCUCUCUUGACCUCUUUUGCUGUCCUUUGUUGUUGAGUGUGUUUGUGAGCACGGAGAGUGCUGUCCGGCCUUGAAUGUGAGCUGGGAUGGGAGAGGUCUGGAGGACUGGCCAGGAGGAGCCGGAGAUGUGUGGCCAGCCCAGUGCUGCAACUGGACCGCAGGUCCCUGGGGCAGCAUUGGGCUUUGCCCUCCUCAGUCUGUUCAGUUUUGGGAGGCGAGGGAGAGGACAGAGCAGGGAAGGACAUCUGUGAUUCCACAAGGAGUGGGCUCGGAGAGGGAGGGCCCUGUGGUUCUCGCAGUGGAAUGGGCUGGACCUGAGCACAAAGGAGAUGUGACCCCAGAGGGAGACGGGGAGAAAGGGAGCCGUGUAUAGCCUCAGGGGUGAUAGUGCCCCUCCUGCGGCCACGGGGUCUCAGUUCCCUCACCUGAGGGACAGAUGUCAUCUUCUAGGGUUGGUGAGGCCUUUGACCUCUCGCAUGCAACCCGUGAACUGUGGAUCCUGGCUGCAGCAUUCCUUCUCCCCCAGUUUUAUGAGGGCUCCUGGGGGGUGGUCAGGAGUAGCCAGGACAGUGUGAUGCGGUGGCCAUGUGUGGUCCCUUUCUCAAGGGCUCCUGGGACGAGAAGGAGCAGGAAUCCUGCUGCACUCUGCAGGAUCUGGGCUGCGGUGAAGCAGACUCCUCCUGCUGUCCAGGGGAGCAGAGGGGCCGUGGCUGGGGCCAGCGUCCAUCCCACCCUGGCUUCUGUUCACUGUAUUGCCUUACAGGCUUCUUCCCUCCAUCCGGUGUUGCCCAGUUUCAGGUCUCGAGAAGAUCAAGCAGGCAGUGUCCCCUCUGUGGGACCACGCUUGGGGUCCUUGCACAGCUUGGGUUCAGUCUCAGCACCACCUUUCCUCCCAGUUCAGGCCCUGGGACCCUGAGGUCACGUGUCCUUGUGCAGGGGUAACAGGAUGUGUGUGUGUGUGCGCGUGCGCAAGUGUGGAUGUGUGUGUGCGGGUGUUUUGCUCAUCUCUUUAGGAACUUAUGAGUUGGGGCAUUGAGUUCAAUACGACCCAGCCAGGAGAGGAGUCGGAAGGCACGGCCUGCAGGGCUGCUGACUGGUGGACUCUCAGCAUGGAGGACAGGGUCCGACACGCAGGGUGGGCUCAGGCAAGCUGUCCUUUCUCGUCCCCUCUCCCUUAAAAUAUCUGCAAGGCCGGAGGACCUCACUAUGUCUGCCACACCUGGACUCUGCCUGGCAGUGAGGGUACUGUUCAGCGACACCCCCAGCGUGUCCCCUAGUCAGUGUUAAGCAGUGCGACACUCUCCUGUGGUCCGUGUUUGUGGUCCGUGUGUGACAGCACAUCUGGGUGUGCAUGGCUGCCUUUCACCUUUCCUCCUCUCCCUGACUUGUCACCAAACAAAUAUAAGCGACGCCCUAUGCCACCUCCGCCACUCCCACCACACCUCCCAGGCCCUUCUUGGAAAAAGCAGAACACCCAGCUUCCUCCCCUCCCCUCCCCUCCUCUCCCCUCCCCUCCCCAGCUGUGUAUUUAUAUAGAUGGAAAUAUACUUUAUAUUUUGUAUCAUUGUGCCUAUAACCUCCACCACCUUGUACAAACCCUGACCUCUGCUUCUCAUCCUGGAUGUGAAUGUACACAGACGCCACCCCACUCCUGUACAGCUGCUCGAUUUCUUUGCGAUUCAUUGUAUGGCUUUAUAAAUGAUAAAGUUAAAGGAAAUCUA